AUGGCGAGAUGCUCAACAACAGAAACGUCUUCAGAGCUGGAUUCGCUCGACUCUGUCGAAUCUACCUCUCACUCUGCAUCAGUUAGGAGCUCGUCAUCCAGUGCCGAAACUACUCAUCCGAACAGUGCCUCUACCAGCAGUCCUACCGGAGCUCUUCUCGCCCUGGCUAUUGCCUUCGCCGUGGCCGCUCUUGGCUCAUCAAGCUACUAUUAGGCUUUGUUGUAUCAAUAUUUUCG